CUCCCAGAACAACGGAAACGAACUUGUGCUCUUUCGUCCGGGGAUCCUCCGGUUGAGGAAUGAGUUCUUCUGAGCUGGAAGGCUUCCAAGUCAUUGGCGAUCUUCUGCUGGCGAGUUGUCGCCAUUCAUUCCGCUGUUCGGCGAGCAAGACGGAAGAGAGAUGGAGACCGAGAAAGGUGUCCAGCAGCUGCUGGUGAUGAAAGAAGAAGAAGAUGCUACUGAGCAGCAGGAGUGCAGCUCCAGUCUGGAUCAGGAGGGACAAGAACCUCCUCUCAUUAAAGAAGAACCAGAAGAAGAAGAUCUAGACCAAAUCAAAGAAGAGGCCACCCAGAUCUCCCUCACUCCUGCGGGUGUGAAGGGGGAAGAUGACAAUGACGAUGAUCAUGAAGCAACCAGCAUCUUGACUGAACAAAUAAAAACAGAGGCUGAAGGAGACAACUGUGGAGGAACUGUGGCAGAACCAGCCAGCGACUUGGAUUCACCGGACCAGCCUGACCAACAGAGUUCCCCGUCUUCUGAAUCAGACACCGAUGACAGUGAAGACUGGGGAGAGACCAGUAACUCUCGGUCUCGAUCAAACUCUGUGAAAAAAUCAAGAGACCAUAUCAUUGAGAAGGCCAACGAUGGUGAUCACAAAUCGCUCAACUGCACUGAAUGUGGGAGGAAAUAUUUUUCAAAGGCUAAACUUACAAAGCACAUAAAAGCCUGCCGUAGAAAAUCUUUUGGUUGUUCUGUUUGUGGGAAAUGUUUUGAAUACAGGGUAAAUCUGACCACGCACAUGAGGAUACACACAGGAGAAAAACCUUUCAGCUGCUCUCAUUGUGGUAAAUGUUUUACGACGAAAGGAAACCUGAAGGUCCACAUGAGAAUUCAUACUGGAGAGAAACCCUUCAUCUGCUCUCAAUGUGGCAAGUGCUUUCCUUGGAUACAACAACUGGAAAUACACAUGAGAAAUCACUCUGGCGAAACACCGUUCAGUUGCGCUCAGUGUGGUAAGAGUUUUAAAAGCAAUGUUUAUUUGAACUCCCACAUGAGAACCCACAGUGGAAAAAAACCUUUCAUCUGCUCUGAGUGUGGCAAGCGUUUCACGCGGAGCGAUCAUCUUAAGCUCCAUAUGAGGAUUCACACUGGAGAAAAGCCGUUCAGCUGCUCUCAGUGUGGCAUGUGUUUUACUUGCAAACAAAAACUGGAAUUACACAUGAGAACGCACACUGGGGAAAAACCUUUCAGCUGCUCUCAGUGUGGUAAAUGUUUUUCUCAGAAAGGCAGCCUGAGAAGUCACCUCAGAACCCACACUGGAGAAAAGCCAUUCAUCUGCUCUGAGUGUGGCAUGUGCUUUUCUUGGUUACACCAACUGAAAAAACAUGCAAAAAAUCAUGCAGACGUUGAACCUUUCAUCUCUUCUCAAUGAUCAAGUUUGAGUAAAUGGAACUUUUAAAAUGCAUGUUUGCAUCUCAUUGCUUUAUGGAAGCAGUCGAAUCAUGACGUCUUAGUUCUUUAAUGAAAUUGCUCAUCAAGUCUUAGUUGUUUUUCAAUUGAAAAUUGGUUACAUUUUGUUGUACACCAGAAUACGUGUUUACUUUGGCAAUUUUUUUCUGUUAUCCAGUAGUGGAAGAGAGUUUUUGGACACGCCAUGCGUUCUACUGUGUGCUAAUCACAUGACUACUAAAUGUUAAUUGGAUUUUGUCAUGGUUUAUUUAUUUUUUAUUCAGUUUUGUUAUUAGUUGACUUUGAUCCUGUCAGUGUUCAUGCCUGAUAUAAUGAAGCUGUCAAGGGUUUAGUGUUAUAUCAAUAGACAAUAACCAAACAAAACAGCAUGUUUAUUUGUAUAUAUAAUAAUAUAUACAGCCCACACCU